AUGAACGGAAUAAACGACGCAGAAUUUGUUCUCUCGCAUAAAUCAAAAUGUUACAAAGCCAUAGGCGAUUGCUAUUGUCAAUUAGGUGACAAUAAGGAAGCUCUAAAGAAUUAUACAUUGGCAUUGAAUGAAAAUAUUCAUUUACGACCCGAUGAAUAUAUUAACAUAUUGGUUUGUACAGGUAAAAUACUCGAAGCAACAAAUCAAUCGGAAGCAGCUUUAUCAGAAUAUAUCAGAGCAGCUGAGAUCUGUCAAAAUGAAUUACCAAAUGCGAAUUCCAACGAUAUUGUAGAAAUAGAAGAAUGUAUUAAACGAGUAACAUCAUAUCUUUGUCCACCCGAUACAUAA